AUGACUGUAGAGUGUGAUAAUGCAUACAAAGCAAACUGGGUGGUCCGGCAGUGGCAGCUGUAUGAACGGUCUCUUUGUUCACUGCUGGAGCUACAAGCACGCAAGCGGCCAAGCGUGUGCCGGCUACCACGGUGCGUGAUCACCCCGGAGUACGCGCCGCACUGGUUGCCGCUACCGCUGACUGCAAGGCAUUCCCCGCCUCCUGCGCACUUGUAG